AUGAGUGGUCAAGCAAAAAAAUAGACGACCCCCCUCUCAAUAUGUUUAUGAUUUUAUACUAUCCAGCAGCCUAGUGCUCUCUGGCCUCUCCUGUCACACCCAAUUUUGGGCUUAGUGUGUGUGUGUGUUUUAGUGUGUUUCUUGAAAGGUUAAAACAGAGCAGCAUCUUCCUUUCCAACCUUAUUGUUUUUCUAAUGGAGAGAGAUAGUGAAAUGAAGGUGUCAAAGUUCAAAAGAAUUUGUGUGUUUUGUGGGAGUAGUCAAGGCAAGAAGAGUAGUUAUCAAGAUGCUGCUAUUGAGCUUGGGAAAGAAUUGGUUUCAAGAAACAUUGAUCUGGUGUAUGGAGGAGGUAGCAUUGGGUUAAUGGGGCUGGUAUCACAAGCUGUUCAUGAGGGUGGUCGCCAUGUUAUUGGGGUUAUUCCCAAGACGCUCAUGCCUCGAGAGUUAACUGGUGAAACUGUAGGGGAAGUGAAAGCAGUGGCAGAUAUGCACCAAAGGAAGGCAGAAAUGGCAAAGCAUUCUGAUGCUUUUAUUGCUUUACCAGGUGGAUAUGGCACCCUUGAAGAGCUACUUGAAGUGAUAACUUGGGCUCAACUCGGCAUUCACGAUAAGCCGGUUGGUUUGUUGAAUGUGGAUGGAUACUACAACUCGUUACUAUCGUUCAUCGAUAAAGCGGUUGAGGAAGGAUUCAUCAGCCCGAAUGCUCGCGACAUCAUUGUGUUGGCCCCGACAGCUAAGGAGUUGGUUAAGAAACUAGAGGAGUAUGAGCCUUGCCAUGAAAGAGUUGCAUCAAAGUUGAGCUGGGAAAUGGAGCAACAACUUGGGUACACUGAGUGUGAUAUUUCUAGGUGAUGAAUCAAAUCAUUCAAAUGGGUCCUUUUGUUUUUAUUGUUCUUUUUGAUUAAGGGAUUUGUGGCAGUGGAAAAAGGUGCUAACUUUGAAAGGGCUUUUGCUUUAACUAGAAUCUUGAUGUGAAGGGUUUAGUCUUUUUUUUUAUUUUGUAAAUUAUUGAAGAUGAAAUGACUCAAGAAAAAAUAUGUGGGAAUUCUCACUUGGUUCUUUCCCCUUUCAUGCAACUUUAGUUUC